AUGGCCGAAAGCACGUCGGACAAGGCGAACGUCGCCCCAUCCACUGUCCAGUCGUGCGCCGACUCUGCCAAGAGUACCUUCCAGAGCGCCAUUGGCAGCCUCGCCGGUAGCCCGAACGGCAAGCUGCAGGGCGAGGCGCUCAAGGACCAGGCCAAGGCGGAGCACGACGUCUCCAAGGCGGAGCACGAUGCCUACAAGGCGUCGAUCAGCCCCCCCGGCGCGACCAUCUCGACGGAUGGCGGCGUCAGCAAGGACGACAUGAGGCGAACCGAGGGCUCCCGGAACCAGGCGCAGGGUUCCGUCAAGGAAUCGACGGGCGACCUCGUCGGUAGCGAGUCGUUGAAGCAGGCUGGCGACGAGCAUAAGGCCGAAGGACAGAAGCAAGAGGCCAAUGGUCAGCUCGGCGAUGUCGGUUCGGCUACGGCACAGCGCGUCGAAGGCACGGUGGGGGCCGUCGUCCUCAGGGGCGACGAGGUUGACAAGGAGCGCUGCGAGCAGAUGCGUGCCAACGGCAAGGCUCAGCAGCGAGGGGUGGAGGCUGAGGUGGGUAAGAAGGGCGAGGCCGAGGCCGAGGCCGACGCUGCCAUGUGA